AUGGCCAUGGGAAGACGCUAUGCUGAAAAGGUUGUGAUUGUGACUGGGGGCGGACGUGGCAUCGGAGCCGGUAUCGUGCGUGCCUUCGCGGAAUCUGGGUCCCAGGUGAUCAUUUGUGACAAGGACGAGUGUGGGGGCCGGGCCAUGGAGAAGGAACUUCUGGGCACUGUCUUCAUCCACUGUGAUGUAACACAUGAGGAAGAUGUGGAGGCCCUGAUCUCAAAGACAGUGCGGCGGUUUGGCCGCUUGGAUUGUCUGGUCAACAAUGCUGGCUACCACCCGCCCCCGCAAUGGCCGGAAGAGACCUCCGCCCAAGGCUUCCGACAGCUUCUGGAGUUGAACCUGCUGGGGGUAUACACCUUGACCAAGCUUGCCCUCCCCCACCUUCGGAAGAGCCGGGGCAACAUCAUCAACAUCUCCAGCCUGGUUGGAGCCAUUGGUCAGCUUCAGGCAAUUCCCUAUGUGGCCACCAAGGGGGCAGUUACGGCCAUGACCAAGGCCUUGGCCCUGGAUGAGAGCCAAUAUGGCGUCCGAGUCAAUUGUAUCUCCCCAGGCAACAUCUGGACUCCACUAUGGGAGGAGCUGGCAGCUUCAACACCAGACCCCAAAGCCACAAUCCGAGAGGGCACGUUGGCCCAGCCCCUGGGCCGCAUGGGCCAACCAGCUGAGGUGGGCGCAGCUGCUGUGUUCUUGGCCUCUGAGGCCAACUUCUGUACCGGCAUUGAGCUGUUUGUGACUGGGGGUGCAGAGCUGGGCUAUGGGCGAAAGGCUAGCCCCGGGACCCCCGUGGAGAUGCCCAUCAACAAACCUUCUUGA